AUGAGUACCACCGCCGCUGCAACCGAAGAAAAAGUGCGUUCGCGCUCUAGGUCGGCUUCCCGACCCAAGACUAGAGUGAGCAUCGCAAGCCGAUUUGCCCGCGCAUCCCCCGAUCCUCUUUGUGAAGAUAUAUACAGCGCCCCAUCUUCUGAUCAGAAGGACAACGUCACCCACAAUCUAAGAGCCAACAAGUUGACAGUCAAUAGCGGCAGAGGAGUGUCAAGCCGCCCCCUCCCAGAAAAGAUUGAGGACAGUAUCACAGUUGCCACCAGCUCGUCUAUGGUUUCCAAGACAAUCACAACCGACCACUCGAGUAUAGAUGCGCACACGGAUACCGCGAGACUUUCUCCUCAGCGUCCCAAGGUACUGAACAGGCGAUACUCUGCCAAAUCGAGACAGGAAGAUGAGGAUCCGUCCUACGACCUCAUGGCUCUCCCCCAGCCAACUCAUGUACCGGCUGUCGUGCCACCAUCCUGCAAGGCACCCUGCGACCUCUCACCCAACGCCUCCGCCGGUAACCAAAAUCGCAUCGAGCGUCGAGGGCGCCCUCGCCUUGAUUCAAUCCAAACCAAAAACUCCAAGCAGGACAAACAAAAAGACCUGGACGUUAUAAGAAGCGCCCGAGCAUCCAAGAAGUCAACUAACCGGAGAAAGCGAGCCGAGAAACAAGCAUGUAGUGGUACAAACAACCCCUUUGUCGCGAACGGGGACCCCGUCAAUUAUGGCCUCUUCGACCUUGAUAUUGCAAAUCAAAUGAUUCCAUACUGCAGUCCGGAUCUGAUCGCUACUUGUCCCAAACCACCGACGCCAGCUGGAAUGUGUGACUCGAAAACAUACCUCUCCUACCAGAUCGAUAUAGCUCGUCAUCUGGCUUACAAUGGCGUCUCUGGGCCAUAUCGGGUUGGCGAAUACCUUUGCGAUCUCCACCUUGCAGAUGCCAAGUUUGUUAAGAUCGCUAGCCUUACCAUCGACACCUAUGGUCAAUCAUUCUGGUGCUAUAUGAUGACAGGAAAGCGGGUACACUCGCAGGAUGGAUCAAAGGUGACAGGCAGGCCUGUCGCAAUGGCUAACGGGGCGCUGUUCUGGAUGGAAGACGAAAAAGAAAAUAUCAUACCCCCUGAGUGGUCAUUCACUGAGCCUCACGAUUUGUUCUUUGAGCCUGAAGUCACCGAGUUUCCCUCAAACACGCCACUGCAGCAGCAGUAUCCUGGCCUACGGUCUAGUAACAACCCCACAUUGUGGUGA